AUGGAGACGAAGAUUCCAGCAAUAGAAGUAACGGCAACAAAGGUAUUUGUGAUGGAGAAUGCAGCAGAGGGUGCCUCAGCUCCUCCCGGUUGUUCUGGUGCUGGGCCAUUUGUGGUUGGUGCCGGCGGAGAAGAAGUGUUUGGGGUUGGUGAUGAAGGAGAGGGUGCUGGAGAAGGAGUUGUUGUAGGAGAAGGUGUUGGUGAUGUGUUUGUGGAGGAGGGUGAUGGAGCAGGUGCUGUAUUAGGUGAUAAUGAUCGGGUAGGUGCGGGUGCAGGAGCUUGUUGUGCUAUGCAUGAGGUAGCUAACAACCCUAGUAUCACAAACACUUUAAUUGCAACAGAACCCAUCUUUUAUAUGUGUUUUUUGAUACAGAAUAAUCUUGAGUCAAAUAUGAUUGAAUGA